AUGAAGCACUAGUGGAAUACUAAAAUCUAAGAGUUGAAAAUGUAAAUGCAUAAUUUGAAAUAAUUGUUGAAUUAAAAGAAAAGAAUUGAAAAUUGGUUAAGCUAAAUCUUAAAUGAUUUUAUUAAGGAUAAGAUAUUGAGUAAUUUCCUUUAAAUCAUUGAUGAAGUGAAAAAUGAGCUAACAAGUAAAAUAGAAGUUUGUCAGAAAAUCCAAAAAACCUAAAGUCUAGAAUCUAAUAAAUUUGAUAUAAAUGAUUUUAAAAAGAGGAAAAAAAGGUUAUUGAGAAUCUCAUUCUCGAAGACCAAUCUAUGA